AGUCGCAGCAUGUGCAAAGGUUCUGGCGAUGGGACUGUGGCACUCUGGAGGAAGAGAAGGUCAGUGUAGCUGGAAGGGGAGGGAGGCACAAGUGGCUCCCAGAGAGGUCAGCAGUGCCUGGGCAUUUGAUAGAUCUUGAAAGGGAUUCUGGUGCUGGCCUCAGAGCAAUGGGCAGUCAUGGAGGGAUUUUAAGCUGUAUGUUUUAAAAAGCCCCCUCUGGCUACUGAGAGUCUCUGACCCCAGACAGGGGUAAGAGUGGAGACCCAGAGUGCCAUCGGGAAGCAACUGCCGUAGUCCAAGCAAGAGAUGAUGGUGGCCUGGACAGGGAAGGUGGCAGUGGCAUGGAGAGAAGGGAUGACUUAGAGGUAGAUCGUAGAGGUGGAAUCAACAGGACCUGUGGACAGACCAGGUCCUGAUGCGGAAGAGAGUGGGGGUUGGGUGGGCAGUUUUCCAGCCGGAGCAGCUGGGUGGGAGAAAGGGCCUUUUUCCUGAGCGGGGCAGCCUGGGAGAGGAGCAUAUUUUGUAGGGACAGAUACAGGAGAGAUCUGUUUAGAAAAGCCAGGAAGGCAGUUGGAUGGAAAGGUGUGGUGCCCAGAGGAGGGUCCUGUAGAGAUGGUUCUGAGCUCUUGGGACAGUUUGAGAUAGGGAAGAAGAGGAUGAGAUGACAUCAGAGGAGUGGCUGACGGGAGCAAGGAAAACCAGGGGCUGUGGUGUCCUGGAAGGCAAGAGAAAAGUGUGUUUCAGGGGGGUGUGAUGAGCAAUACCAACUGCCACUCAGAGUCCAGGGGAAGAGGACCAGCAAGGUUCACCCACCUCUGGCAACAUGGAGUGCUUCUCCUUACACUGAAUGGGCUACCCGUGGAAUUCUACUCAUCUGCCUUUACUCUACCUACCUACUAAGCGCCAGGUUCCACACAGGGCGCUGGGUGUAAUAUCAGGUGGGCAAGACAGUCACUGCUUUCUCAGAGUUUAGAAUCAGCUAAACCAACAGCCUCAGAAACAGGAAGUUGUUGGGACUUCCCUGGCGGUCCAGUGGUUGGGACUUCGCCUUCCAGUUCCGGGGGUGCAGGUUCAAUCCCUGGUCAGGGGAGCUGGGAUCCCGCAUGCCUCCUGGCCAAAAAACCGAAACAGAAGCAAUAUUGUAACAAGUUCAGUGAAGACUUUGAAAAUAGUCCACAUCAAAAAAAAUCUUUAAAAAAAAAAAGAAGCAAGAGGUUGUUUCAUAUAGCCAAAAUAAUCCUUUCGUUCUUUUAAACAACCAGCUUUUGCUGAGAGCCAUCUGCGUGCCCAGUCCUGUACAGGGACGUAGAGGUACAAAAAUGAACAGAUGUGAUCUUGACCUUCCAGGAACCAAGUACAGAGAUACGUAGAGCAUCCCUGCGUUCACCAUACUGUGUUACAAAGACUCAUCCACGGGGAAUUAUGGGAGAAUAGAGGACAGGUACCAGCCCAGGUUCGGGGCGGGGGGAAUUAGGGUGGCAGAGGGGAUGCCUGAGCUGCUCUCCAGGUAUGAAUGGGAAAUAGCCAGGGAAAGAGGAGGGAUAGGGAGUUCCAGGCACAGGGGAUGGAGGCAGGAGCAGAAAAUAACAGUAACGUGUGUGGGACGUGGGAAGCCUUUGGAGCUGGCUGAGCAGACAGGAGUGGGAAGGCUCUGGAGGUGUCCAGAGGCUGGGGGGGGUCUCGCUGGCUCACGGUGAGGUAUGUAGACUUAGGCAAUGGACACCACCAGAGAGGCGGAAGCAGGGCAGUGACACAGUGGGAUCUGUGUGUGGCCUUGCUCUCUGGCCGUUACGUGAGGUAUGAAUGUGGUGGAACAAAGGCAGAGGCGGAAGCCGCUGCGUAAUCCAGGUGAGACGGUGCAGGCCAGGGUCUCAGCAUGGCCUGUGGAGUCAGGGGGACUUGGGUUCUAAUUCCACCUCAGCCACUUACUGCUUGGCGCACCUCGGGCAAGUCACUUAAAGCUCCCGAGCUUCAGUUUCCUCCUGUCCAAAGUGAGGAUGAUAGCAUCCUCAGAGAGUACUUGCAAGAGUAAUCUUGGUCUCCUGAUGGGGUCACCCCAGUCCUUAGCACAGGGCCUGAGUCAGUUCGCACUCGGUAAAUGGUAGUUACCGCUGUUGUUCUCAGUAACCAUGGAGGGGAGGGGCAGGUGUGAGAGAUAAUGAGGAAGCAGAGGUGGCAGGUCUUGGCCAUCAGCUGGACUCCUCAUCCUCGCCUCGCGCCUGGCGUGGUGGUGGAGUGAGGGAGGUAGAGGCAACCAGCUGGCUGCCUUUAGUCUGGAACCCAGCCCCCGCUUCUGGGCUACCCUUCCCAGAACCGCACAGCUGGUGUGUGUGUGAGCGUGCCCACGCGCGUGUGUAGGGAAGGGAGCUCCAGAGGAAACAAAUCCCAUUCCUCAGUCCUGUGGCUCUGGGAGCUCAGCUUCGUGCUAACUUCCUUCUGUUGACACAAAUGACUGUGGCCUGAUGGUACCAGUUAUCCUUUGGGCGAGGAGCCAGGAUUCAGCCCCGAGUUAUUCGUGAGCCCUGAGAACCAGCGCUGUCUCGGGAUUAUACAGUGUGUUUGCAUUGAUGGUGCUGGUCUUUCCAGCUCUGAGUUCUGACAUGCUUCGGCAGUCAAAGCAAUCGAUGCCUUGUCCUGGAUACAGGGAGACCCUUAGAGGGGGCUGCAGACCCCGUACCUCUACCCACUUUGGAUAACGCUUUAUGGCCCACUCCCAGUAGCCCUUCCCCAUUGGGUCCAGUCCACCCCUCGCCCGGGGAGUCCUCUGUGGGCAGUGUGAACCCCCAGUGGACGCCUAACACCUCUCCCUUGUCUCUUUCACCUCCAGUCUCCCACCAGCGGAGUGGAAAUAAACUUUCCGGGCUAAGUUAGAUGGAUGGUCCCCAUUAGCCUGGCGGGCUGCCCCCCUCCUGCCUCCCCACCGACUCCCCUUGUCAAAGGAGGUGCUUCGGUGUGCGGGGCAGGCUGGGGGGACAAGAGCAUCUGGGUGGGGGUUGGAGGCGCCCUGCCCCUCGAGCAGGAAUGGUGCCCCCGGGGAAGAAACCAGCCGGAGAGGCUUCCAACUCCAAUAAGAAGUGCAAGCGUUACUUCAACGAGCACUGGAAAGAGGAGUUCACCUGGCUGGACUUCGACUACGAGCGGAAGUUGAUGUUUUGCCUAGAGUGCCGCCAGGCCCUGGUGCGGAACAAGCACGGCAAAGCGGAGAACGCCUUCACUGUGGGCACCGACAACUUCCAGCGCCAUGCCCUGCUGCGCCACGUGACCUCGGGGGCCCACCGCCAGGCUCUGGCCGUCAACCGGGGCCGGCCCACUUUUGAGGGCCAGGCUGAGGGUGGAGGGACCUGUCCGGGCCUGGCGACCACCCCCAGCUUCAGGAGUGUCAAGGUGGAAGCGAACCCGGCCAAGGUGGCCGUGCUGACCACGGUGUACUGCAUGGCCAAGGAGGACGUGCCUGACGACCGCUGCUCUGCCCUGCUCGAGCUACAGAGGUUCAACCUGUGCCAGGCACUGCUGGGCAUGGAGCACGGCGAUUACUACAGUCCUAGGAGGGUGAGGGACAUGCAGGUGGCCAUUGCCAGUGUCUUGCACACAGAGGCCUGCCAACGCCUGAAGGCAUCCCCGUAUGUGGGCCUGGUGUUGGACGAGACCAGGGACUGGCCUGAGUCCCACAAUCUGGCCUUGUUUGCCACUUCGGUGUCCCCCUGCGAUGGCCAGCCUGCCACCACCUUCCUGGGCAGUGUGGAGCUACAGGAAGGCGAGGCCACUGCUGGCCAACUCCUGGACAUUCUGCAGGCUUUCGGCGUGUCUGCAUCCAAGCUGGCCUGGCUCAGCUCAAGCCUCCCCAGUGACCGCCUGGGGAGCGUGGGCCCGCAGCUCCAGGCUGCCUGCCCACUGCUCAUGGAGCUGCACUGCCUCCCCGGCCGGACAGAUCCCAAGCCCCCUGCCUACCUAGGUGAAUAUGAAAGUGUGCUGGAUGCCCUAUUCCGCCUCCAUGGUGGCCCCAGUUCCCACGUGGUCCCUGAGCUCCGGGCGGCACUGGACCUUGCAGCUAUUGACUUGGCAGGACCACGGCCAGUGCCCUGGGCCUCCCUGCUGCCUGUGGUGGAAGCAGUGGCUGAGGCUUGGCCUUGCCUGGUGCCCACGCUGGAGGCCUCUGCCCCAGCCUCACCUACAACCAGGGCACUGGCCCUCGCCCUGCGCCAGUUCACCUUUGUGGCCUUCACCCACCUCUUGCUGGAUGCUCUGCCGUCCGUGCAGAAGCUCGCCCUUGUCCUGCAGCCAGAAGAGCCGGACUUGGCCUUGCUGCAACCGCUGGUGACGGCAGCUGCAGCCUCCCUCCAAGCGCAGCGCAGCUCAGGUGGGGCGCGUCUCCAGGGCUUCCUGCAGGAACUGGCAACCUCCAGCCCUGACUUGGGCCGCGGCCGCUGCACCUACCGCGGUGUGGAGCUGGUGGGCUACUCCGAGGCUGCGGUCCAGGGCUUGGAGCGGCUGCGGGGGGCUUUCCUGGACUCCAUGCGGCGGGGGCUGCGGGACUCCUACCCCGGGCCCUCGCUGGACGCCGUGGCCGCCUUGGCGGCGAUCUUCGACCCCCGCCGCUACCCGCAGGCACCCGAGGAGCUGGGCGCGCACGGCGAAGGGGCGCUGCGCGUCCUGUUGCGCGCCUUCGCCCCCGCCGUGGUGUGCCAGCGGGCGCUGGGCGACUUCGCGCUCUUCAAGCGCGUGGUGUGCAGCCUGGGGCGGCUGGGCCCGCGGGCCCUGUGCGCCAAGCUGGCGUGCGCGCGCUCUGAACUGCACGAGCUCUUCCCUGACUUCGCCGCCCUCGCCUCCCUGGCCUUGGCGCUGCCCGCGGGCGCCGGCCUCCUGGACAAGGUCGGCCGCAGCCGGGAGCUGCGGUGGUGGGGGCCGGGCGGGGCGGGGGAAGGCCGGGGCGGCCCCGCGGUGAAGAUCGCGGUGGAUGGGCCGCCGCUGCACGAGUUUGACUUUGCGCUGGCGGUGGAGUUCCUAGAGAGUGGGUGGGGCGAGGGGCUCCUGGGCUCGCAGCUCACGUGAGGGCGGCCUCCUCUCCUCUGUCCAGCCAACCCGGGGCCCUAGGCUCUCUAAGGGCCAAGCCGGACUUGACUGUGCUGCACCCAAGCUGACCUCCUAGCUGUGGCCUCCCACCCAACUUCCCCGUGCUUGCUCUGCUCCACGCUGAGUACUAACCCAGCCCCGUGGGCUGUGGAGGAGGGGCUGGAUCGGGGGCGGGGCUCGGGCCAGUGGGCAGAGGUGCUGGGGUCUGGGGCACCCUAAAUAUCACUCCUGACCUUUCCAGAGUUUGGUGAGAGUAGCUCACCCCUUUCCCUCUGAACUCAGCCCAAGUUUUGGUCCUAGAAAAGUUGAGGGGCUAUUGGUUGGAGGGAGGAAGACAGGGUCUGCACAAUUCAGGGGUUGAAGGAGAGGAGACUGGGUCCUUGACUGUUGGCCCCCACUUCUAGCAACAUCUCUUCAGAUGUGACUGGAGAGCAGAUGACCGCCCUUGUUUUUGACACACAGCACAGCACCCUCUCUGUGCACAAGCUAACAGUUCAAGGGAAGUGGUGGUGCCCUCCUCACCAGUAGGCUGCCUGAGGCUUUUCUCUAUAUGGCUGUGUAUAUCGACAUACACAUCUAUAAAUGUAAAAUAAAUCUAUCCUAUCUUUCACAGUGUUAAUACACAAAAUCUAAAAGGACUUACUUUGGUUUUGCAAUGACAGGGUCCAAAAAAGUCCCAGGUGGACUAAAUUUAUUUCUAAUUUUUUUCCUCCUCAAAAUCUGGUUGCUCUCUAAGUUCCUAGCCUUCCCCUGCCCUUGCCUCAGACUUUUUUUUUUUUUUUUUUUUUGCCACGCCAGGAUUUUAGAUUUUAGUUCCUCGACCAAAGAUUGAACCUGGGCCCUCGGCGCAGAGUCCUAACCACCGGACUGCCAGGGAAUUCCCAGCAGAUUUUUUUUUUCUUGCCCACUGCUUGGCUUGUGGGAUCUCAGUUGCCCGACCAGGGAUCGAACCUGGGCCCCUGCCUCAGACCUUUAAGACCAAAGACUGUAAAACCACAGUGCUGGACUGGCUGACUCCGAGAUGCAGCCUCAGGCCCAACACAGGGAUGUCGGAGGGCUUUUUGCCUCCUGAAGGAAGCAGCUGGGGACUCACCAGAGCUGGGGAACGCAUCCUUUCAGAUUCCAGUGGGUUUCCUAUCCCCUCUGUCAGCCCUUGCUGUGAACCAUGUGGGGAUCUGGACAGGGUAGGUAGUAAGAGGGGAGGGGGCUGGCCUCUCCCCAGGCCUCCUGGGUUUGGGUUUAAUUUGCAAUAAAGUGGAAACCCAGUGCAUCGUGCAGUCUCCGUGGUGGUGUGUGUGUCAGGGGCCUGACUCCCUUGGCCCGACUCCCCUCUGGGCUUCAUUUAGGUCGUUACGCAGCCCCUAUGGGUGGGGUGGUGGUCAUCCUUCUGGGCUGGCAGCCUGGAACUGUGGACUCCCUGCUUCUGCUUCCCCAGUUGUGGAGAGGAGAGGCACAGAAACGCGCUGUCCUCGCCCUGGACUCGGCCAGUGCUACUUUGUGAACAGGGAGACAGGGGCUUCUGCUCUCUCUCUACACCCAAGAAGCCCAUCAGCCUCGUGUUCUGGCUGCGGAGGGAGGAGUGAGCCCCGUGGCUCCCCGUUUCAGACCCUGCCCUUCUUCCUCCUGCAGCAGGCCCGGCCUCCAGCACCCCCAGCCCCCUGCUGGCCUCCCUGCCCCUGCCCGCC